AUGCAUUUAUUGUAUUCGUCAGCUAUCGUGAUAUGGACGCUAUUUAUACUCCAAUCUAUAAGCCAGAUAGCGGUAACUUCGUGUAGCUCAUCAGAGGUCAAAAAGAUUGAGGUUGUCACCUCGACGACAGAAAAUAUAUUAUUAGUCCAAUUAAAUUUAAUUGAAAUUAAAGAACCUUUGGCAAAAUCAAAUAAUUAUGAUUGGCAUGAAAGUGGAGAUGACCCGAAUCUUGCAAAGUUCAAUUCUAUAAACUUAAUAUCCAUCGAUGAAGAGAAGUUGACCAGCGACAAGAGAUGUACCGGCAAUUGUGAUUUACUCGAUGAUCACGGAAGAGUAAGUGCUCGUUCUUCAAACGACUCAGACCAAUGCCCUGGUGAUCUUUUAAACUGCUGGUUAGAAUGGGAAACUGAAAAACGACAAAAAGCUCAGAUGAACGUCGAUCGCACAAAACAACGUAUGGACUGUAGCAUUUAUGGCUGUUGGCUCACGCCCGCAUUGCAGAAAUAUCUUGAGUAUAAGGAAAUACUUGAUCAUACAGGUAACAUUUGCAAGUGUAGAUGCCAUCGUACUUAUAGUCCAGAUUCCAUUGAUAGCGAUAAAUUACUUGACUCCAUAUGUUUUGAUCCUGUUUCUGUUGACAAGGGAUUUGUCGCUACUGGUGCUAAAUUUACGAGACGUGAUAACGUCAUAUACCUCCAACUUAGGCAAGCGCGAUUAUCAAAUGGUCGGUUAACUGAAACUACUAAAAAAUGGAUAGAUUUGAAACGCUGCAGUCCUGCCAACACAAAGCCAGUUUUCAAUUCUGAUCGAAACAAAUAUUUGGAAAUCAAAUUGGAAGAUAUUAUAUUGCCAGAAAACGCUGUUGUUACAGGUGUGACAUUGGGGGAAUCAGUGCAAGGACGAUAUCUAAACGAUAAUUUAAAUUUCGAUGAAAAACGCGGGGAGGUUACUCAACGGAGUCAAUGCAGUGGAAGUACCACAUAUUCAGUGUUUCGUAACUACCAAGUAAAACCAUCCACUGGUGUUUCUAUACGAGAGAAUAACGAAUUUAGUAAAUCAUGUCAAAGUCACAUAUCAUUCCAAGGAUCUUCUCAGGAUAACGAAAAGCUACCAUACGUCGUUCCAUACGUCGAUUUGCGAGAAAUCGUAACCGAGUCACCUGAAGCUAUUCGCGGAAUCGGUUGGCAUCAUCGCAGUUUUCCCGGAUAUGGAGGAUUUCUCGCUCUCAAGAUUUUCAAAAAAGUGUAA